AUGAAGUUUCUCUGUCUCCCCGGUGCCUACGGCAGUGCCAAGAACUUUCAAGUUCAACUUGGUCCCCUCGCCGAGGAGCUGGAGAGACGCGGUCUCUGCACAUUUACCUACUCUCAAGGCACUCACGAGGUCGACCCUCCUCAAGGAUGGGAGGACUACUUCGGCGCCCGCCCCCUGUACCGUUUCCUCGACACCCGCCAGGGAGAUACCUUCGAAACCCUUCGUAGGCUCAGGCAUGUGCCCCACUCCAUGCCUGCCGAAGACACCAUGAGAAUGUUUCAGAAAGCCGGCGAGGGUGAAGACUGGCAUCAAAGGGUCUGGAGAGAAGCGCUGGACGCUGUCUUCAAGACGCUGGACGAGGACCCCGAGAUUGAUGGCAUCAUCGGCUAUAGUGAGGGGGCCAUGGUUGGUGCAAGCUUGAUUGUAGAGGAGGCAGAACGGGCCAAGAAGAGCGGGUGCCAGCGAAGGAUCAAGUUCGCCAUGUUCAUCUCAGGUGCCCCUCCUCUCAAGUUCGAGGGCAAGGACCGCAUCGUUGCGCAGCUGUUUGACGAGGCCGGCAUUGUCAUCGACAUCCCCACGUUCCACAUCUUUGGAUGUGACGAUGCUUUCUUGAGCUCGGCGGUCGCACUGUUCAAUGUGUGCGAGCCCAGUAAGGCAACCAUGUACGAUCAUGGUCUUGGUCACAUCGUGCCUCGCGAUGCCGAGAAUGUGGGUGUCUUGGGAGAGAUUCUGCAGGAAAUCAUGCCCAAGGUAGAGGAGGACAACAGACGGGCUGCCAGCGAGCAGCAGCAGAGGAAGGAAAGCGGUCUCAGCGGGAUGGACAAAAGCGAGUUUGCUACCCCGGCCUUGUUGCGGACAACUAGCUGAGGUGAAAUCGCGAGGCGUUGUACUCGGCAUGGGGGUUUGCUUAACAUAUUGUCCAACAAGCGGAUGGAAAAUGAGGGGGUGGGUUGAUAGAAGGGCUGGUGAUUUAUGGACUGGUAAUGGAUGGGUCGGAUAAAACUGAAUUGUUGUUUGUUUGUCUUGCCUUGGGGUUGGUUCUCCGCGCGUUUCGCAAAUUGCAUGUGUGCUAAGCAAAUUAUGUACGGGUUGUAUG